AUGGGAGCGAGCUAAUGAGCGCGCAUGUGAGCGAGCGAGACAAAGAGCCGAAUGAACGUUUUGUCGAUGCAUACAGCGGGCAAGCGCGGAGGAAACAACCACCAAGCAUGCUGAAGGCGCACGUUGCUGCUGCUAAAAGAGCACAGCACGAUUCGCUGCCGGCGUCGCCGUCGCUGCCUGCUGCCGUCAUCACUGAUUCGUUUUGUACGUUGUUAGACUCUCUCGCUGCGUUUUGAAUUCAGUCGACAACGAUAAUUACCGGUGGUUGUAUCUCGAGCGCUGCGACUGAGACCGAACUGACCAAAACAAGCAUACGAAGCCCGCGCUCGCGUUUCUCGCCUAUCAACCAAAAAUACGAACGCUGCAGCAAUAGCAACAGCAACAACAACAGCAGUUUCACCAAUUGUGAGCAGUGAGUGAGUGUACGAGAAAUAUAACGAAGCCAAAUUCGAAUUUGUUGUGCCCGGUUACUUGUGGGUUGCCUCUGAACGCAAAUUAUUAUUGACUAUAGCGGCGACUUCGAUGUCAGCGCACUGUGCAAUUAUUAAAGAGAAAACAACAACAGCAACAAGCAGUAGCAAUAGCACCAGCAGUAUUAGCAGUAGCAGCAACAGCAACAGCAACAGCAGCAGUAGCUGCGUUAGCUACAGCAACAAGAACACAAGAAGCAAGGAAAUUAAUGCAGAGUUGGCGAUCGACGCGUUAAGGCUAUAAUUAUUUGAACGCAUACGCAUAUGCUGUUUGUGCACCCUAUAAAACAAUAUAAGUGAAAAGCGUGCCAUAAUUAUAAGAACAACAGCAACAACAGCAACAACAGCAGCAACAGCAUCGGCAGCAUCAGAAGCAAAACGAGGGCAGUCUAAUAACAAUAAUCAAAAACCGCAAACAAAAUCAAUAAACGGCAAUGUGCGAAAAUUGCUAAAAACAACAGCAAAAGGAAAACAAAAGAAAGGAAAAGCAAAGCAAAAUACAUCAGCAGUCAGCUAAAUCAGCAACACCAAUAACGACAGCAGCCAUUAAAAUUGCCAACAUGAUUGACGCCACCUGCAAUUAUUUGAAUCCCUAUACGCUGCCCCAGCCAACAGGCAUUCAGCAGCAGCAGCAGCUCCAACAGCAGCAGCAACUGCAAAUACAACAACAACAGCAUCAGCAGCAGCAGCAGCAACAUCAACAGCAACAUCAACAGCAGCAGGAGCAACAGCAACCAAGUCAUGAUUUCAUUAGCGCCACAUUGCUGUCUGCCUCGACGUCCACCUCCGCCUCCAACUGCGACUCGACUGCCUCCUCUCCGCUAGCAUUUUACGGCAAGCAGGGAAAUGCAUCGCCGACAGUUUCUGCAUCGACCGCAUCAUCACAUCAGGCGGUGCCGCCAAUGAAGCUGGAAAUGCAAUAUCCGCCACAGGCAUCAUCCACGGGCAGUGCAUCGCCCAACUCCAGUUUGUCACAAUCGGCCGCUUCCUCUGCAUCGGUGUCGCCCAGCAUUUUCCCAUCGCCAGCGCAGUCCUUUGCCUCGAUAUCCACUAGUCCGCCAGCCGCAGCCGGCGGUGGCUCCUCCUCGGCCGCCGCAGCAGCCGUCGCCGCAGCCGCUGCCGCCGACCUGGGCGCCGCGGCUGUGGCUAGCGCCUACAGCUGGAAUACGGCUGCUUACACAGCGCUACCAACAAGAACUCAAUUUCCGUAUGCUCAAUAUGCAACGUACGGAAAUGUGGCAUCAGUUGGCGUUGCAGCAUCGGCGUCGGCCGCGUGGUUCUCGCACCAGGAGCGCCUCUACCAGCCGUGGUCCUCGCAGAGCUAUCCGAGCUUCAACUUUGACGACAUCGCCUUCCAGACACAGCUCCAGCGUCGCUCCGUGCGCUGCACCUGCCCCAACUGCACCAACGAGAUGAGCGGCUUGCCGCCCAUCGUUGGGCCGGAUGAGCGCGGCCGCAAGCAGCACAUCUGCCAUAUUCCCGGCUGUGAGCGGCUCUACGGCAAGGCUUCACACCUGAAGACCCAUCUGCGAUGGCACACGGGCGAGCGUCCGUUCCUCUGUCUGACGUGCGGCAAGCGCUUCUCGCGCUCCGACGAGCUGCAGCGCCACGGACGCACCCACACCAACUACCGUCCCUACGCCUGCCCCAUCUGCUCCAAGAAGUUCUCGCGCAGCGAUCACCUCAGCAAGCACAAGAAGACCCACUUCAAGGACAAGAAAACGAAAAAGGCCCUGACCGCCGAGGCCAAGGAACAGGCGGCGGCGGCCAUCAAGCAGGAGAAGUCCGAGAAGGCGCUCAACGGCAGCAAGAAGGCGCUGAAGAGCACCGCGGCUGUCGUCACGGCGCCAAUGAUCGGCGGCAGCAGCAGCAACAGCAGCAGCAGCAUGCAAUUCAAGCAGGAGCAGCCGGACAGCCUGGGCUAUGCACCCUACGCGACAGCAGCAGCAGCGGCAGCCGUUGCAGCCAGCAGUCUGCCACCCCCUCUACCGCCUCUAUUCCAGCAGAGUGAUCCAAAUAGCAGCAGCGGCGCCAGCAGCUACGAGCCCUGGUGCACGGCCAGCGCCAGCAGCAACAGCAAUAGCAAUAAUCGUGCCAUGGAACAUAACCAAACUACCUCAGCGAACGCCAGACCCACAUCGGGUAGUGCACCAACUCUAUCCAGCAGCAGCAAUAGCAGCAGCACCAGCAACACCAACAACAACACCAACAACAGCAGCAGCAGCAGCAGCAGCCACAGCCAUACGCAGCACUAUGCGGCGCUGGCGAUGCAGAGCGAAUCGCAGCUGGCCUCAGAAUACGGCCUGACCAUGUCCGGACUGGCGAGCGGUGCCAGCGACAGCAGCAGCAGCAGCUGUAAUAAUCUGAACGGCGGAUAUUCCGGACUUGUGGGGCCCAUGAAGUCCGAUUACGUCGGCAACUAUCCGGCCGAGUUUGCCAGCGGCUCUGGCUACGGCUAUGCGCAUCAUCAUGUCGCCCAUGCUCAUGCCCACGCCCACGCCCACGCGCACGCCCACAAUCAUCAUCAUCAUCAUUAUCACAAUGCGUGGACCGCCGCCUAUCAUCCGCAUGCAACCGCCUAGAUGGAAGAGGAGAUCGUUGCGGCCGGGUACCUUAACUAAAUCCUUGUUGUUGUGUUGGUUCAAUUUUCAAGAAUUGAAAUCGAACUAAUAUUUUAGAAUAUAUAUACACACAUAUAUAUAUAUAUAUAUACAUAUAUUUUCGAUUUUUUUUUUUUUUUUUUUAAUAGUGCGAAGUAUUAAAAACAGCCAUAAUCCUGCAUAUAUGCAGACCUAAUUAAUAUACACAUACAUAUAUACAUAGAUAUAAAUAUUGUGUAUGGUCACCCUAAGAAUUCAUUCUAAUCAAUCCCGAAGUGUACGAACCUCGAAGAUAUAUCCCUAAGUUUUUGUCUCGCUAGUGACCUAAAUUGUUGUUGUUAAGCCCAUAAAAACUAAUAUAUUUAUGUAUAUAUACAUAUACGCAAACAUACAUACAAAC